AUGUCGACGGAAUAUACCCAUGUCCAAGCAAAAAUACGCGAUGGCGUCGUGAAAAGUCGAGGCGUCAAUCUUGGCGGAUGGCUGGUAGCUGAGCAUUGGAUGACGGCAAACGCAGCGUUUUGGCAAGGUAUCGAGAGUCGCUUUGCUAACUCUGGUGAGUAUACGGCAAUCACGAAAGCGACAAGUCUAAGCAGUAUUCACUCCAAGCUAAGCGAUCACCACGCCACCUUCAUCUCCGAGAGUGAUAUCGAGCAGAUCGCGGCAGCAGGACUCAAUACAGUUCGAGUGCCUGUGGGUUUUUGGAUCCUAGGCUACGACAACCACGACCCAGCGAACCAGCGCGAGUGGGAAGCUUACACUCGAGGAACGAUCGUGCACUUGGACCAUCUCAUCCGAAGCUGGGCUAAGAAACACAAUGUGGCGGUGCUGGUCAGCUUGCACGCUGCCAAAGGUUCGCAGAAUGGUGCUGACCAUUCAUCACCUUCAAGUCCAGGACAUACGUUUUGGAGCCAAUACUCAGAGAAUGUUGCCAACACUAUCGAGGUGGCAAGGUUUCUUGCCGAUCGAUACCUUCACGACGAGGCAUUCCUCGGCAUUGGUCUUUUAAACGAGCCCAACGGCGGUACGGACGAAAAAGUGCUGUACCAGUACUACAUGGACGCGUAUCGAGCCGUGCGGUCAACUGGAAGCGAUUGCGUGCUAAGUGUUAUGCCAAUGCUGCAAAAACAGAGCCCCGACGAGAUGGUGGGAUUUAUGACAAUGCCAGAGUUUUCAAACGUCUGGGUCGAAUGGCACCCAUACUUUAUCUGGGGCUUCGAGCACACAUCGGACGAGCAGUUAGUGAACGUGGCUAUUCAACGCGACUACAAGGAGCGCGUGGCCAAGUGGAACGAGCGUCCGAAACAUAAUCGACUGUUCAUUGGUGAGUGGAGCCUGGCUACGUCUUCCAACAUACGCCACAACAACCCCAAUUUGUUCUACAAAUUUGCAAUAGAGCAGCUCAAGGUGCACGAACAAGCGGAAGGAGGUUGGACUCUCUGGACGUGGAAGGCAACAGGAGACGCCACUAGCGACGUGAAGGCCUGGUCUUUGCAGAAACUCCUUGCAGACGACCGAAUUGGCAACAUUCUGCGCAUGAAUUCGUAG